AUGGCUUCGAUUCAAAAUUCUGAUCAAUCCUCAAUUAAUCCAUUUGCAGCUGGUAGUUCAGCACCAUCAACGACGAUUCAUAUGACUUCUAAUUCAACAUCAUCUCUUCCUUAUGUUCGAUCAUUGAAGAAAAACGCAGAGAAAAACAAGCAAACUGAACUUUAUGUGAGAUUAAAUAACAACCAAAGAUCUAUUACAGAUGCUUUUAUGGUGAAGAUGAGCCAUCGGUUAACUUUACGAAAAAAAUUACAUAAGCGUCUUCGUUUAUUGAGUGAUAUCAUGUGUUUUGUUGCUAUUUUGGGUAUUGUUCUUAUGAUUAUUGAAAAUGAAUUAAGUUUCAAGCAAAUCGAAAAUAAAGAUACAGUCGCUACUUGGUCUAUCAGAUUAACAAUUACAAUUUCGACUGCAAUUCUUAUUGUUCUUAUACUUAUUUAUCAUCGUUUAGAUUUAUCUCUCUAUUGUAUUGAUCAUUCAUUCAACGAUUGGCGCGUUGGAUUAACAAAUAAAAGAAUAUUUCA